AUGUUCUAUGAAUCAAUAAGACCAGGAAGAGUAGCUUCUGACCAUGUUGUGACAGAUUUAAGAGUUAUACAAUAUUGUCCAAUAGGUGUUAUAUUGUAUAAACUGAACUACAGUGAUCCUUUUAAUGAGUUGCCAAGAAGGCCAAACAAAAUUGAUAAAGAAGAUAUUUUUAAUUUUCCCAAACUUCAUCAACACCCAAAAAAAAUUAGCUUUUAUAAGUGGAAUGAUCUUCAAAGUUUAAAGUCCAUAAUGCCCUAUGAUUGUUAUUGUUUUUAUGACGCAUUGCCACAUAUGGAUGAGAGUGUUCGUAAAGCCAAGAAAAAAAGUAAAAAUGAAGACCAAAAAAAUACUGUUUAA